GGCCAAUCACAACAAACAGUAGCAAAUCGAUUUCGUCCAACAUGGCUGACGGUACAGGGAAAACUGCCGAUGCCGCAGAAGAGAAAAUACCUUUCAAUUUUUUCAAGAAAAUACCGAAAAUUGUAAGUAUUUGGAAACGAUCUUUCCAUGGUCUCCACAGGUCAUGAAAUGGUUGGGGAAAAAUAUCUUUUGGGUAGGAACCGGCAGGGCAAAUACCACGUGAAUUUUUUGUCGACUAAGGGAAAAUAGAGUUCGAAUAGCUGAUUUAAAAAGUCAGGAAAUAUUGAGAUUAUAAAUAUAUUAUUUACACCACUUAAGGCUGGUAGAGGCUUUUUUGGUUAUUUUGAUCUCUACGAUGGAGAACCCUAACUCUAAUCUUUACAGUUUUGACUGGUCUGCGGCUCAUGAUCAUUGCUUACAAAAUGUCAGUGAGUGAAAAAGAGUGCUGUAAGAGAAGGCUGUGUGCAGAUGCCUUAACUGUUUUUCACAUUUUUUACUUAUUUAUUUGAUAUAGUACAUUUUAUCUUCUUAAGGGAGACAUCUGGGGACUUUGAGACUUGUUGUCUGCAACAAUGCAUAGUUCUUCCUUGCUAUGAAUUGGCCAUGAUGGAAAUGGAUUGAAUUCAUGCUCACUAGAGUAGUUUAUUUCCCUUCCCACGUUGAAAAAUUCAUCAUAUCUUAAUGUAACUGCCUUCUAGGAACUUCAUGCCCACAUAAAUGGAUCCAUAAGCACAGAGACGAUCGAGAAGCUCAUCAAAAGAAAAGUUGAGCAAGGAAACAAUGACUGUCUUGUGUCCCAGUGGCAAACAACAAUUCACAAGGGAGAACAGCGAGAUUUAAGCGAGUAAGUUAUGGAGAAACUAGUUAUGAUGUUAGUAUCUGAAGGAUUUAGUGGCUUAACCCUUGAGCCCUGAGGAGUGACUAGCAUCUAAAAUCUCCUUACUACAUCACUCCUGAAUAAAGGAAAUGAUCACCAACUAAAGAAGCUUUUGAUCAAUAAACAAAUUUUCCUUGUCUGCACCUUAGGAAAUGUAUAAAGAACAGUAUGGAGAAUAUGUAUAAUGACAUUAGGGUGUAAAGGGUUAAGAUGAUGGAUGUAUUUAUCCACUUUCAGUGCCAAGAUAUAUAGCAGUCAUCUGGCAAAAUGUUUUUCCUUUUAUUCAUUCACCCAUUCAUUCACUUCUUUACUUACUCAUUCAUUCUUCCACCUAGACAUCAUUUUAUUUGCCUAUUCAUUAUUCCUCUGUUUACCUUUCAUCCUUUGCUCACUUGUUUUUCUACUUGUUUAUCCAUGUGGUUGUUUGUUACUGUUUCCUUUCUAGUUGUUAGACCAGCAUGAAAAUUCAACUCACUGUCAAUGAAUGUAUUUUCAUCAAUUAAUACCUAAAAAUAGGAAUUAAUAUUCAAAAUUAUUGAUGGAUUUACUCUUAAAAAUUAAGUUUUUUCGUUUUGUUUUUUAAUCUACAGUUGUUUGUCAAUGUUUGGCAUCAUUUACCAGCUUGUAGAUGACACUGAAGCAGUGUUUCUGGUAAGAGUGCGACUUAAGUUGGCAUUUGUUAAUUACAUGCACCACACAAGAAAACAGAUGUAGCUAAAUCUUUGUUUGGGUCCUGCUGAAGUUUUAUGAAGUCAAUAAUUUUUGUUGUAAAUUUUUCAUUAUUGAACUUCUUCUCUCUCAAAUCUCUUUCAGGUGACAAAAAGUGUUAUUGAAGACUUUGAGCAGGAUAAUACAAAGUACUUAGAGCUAAGAAGCACACCCAGGGCCAAUCCUGAGACAGGUGCAGUAUCUGCAGAUCCUUUUACUUGAACCAUGUUCAUAAACCAUCUCUCACAAACCACUAAUGGAUCAAUAAAAUCUCUAUUGAAUGGAAUUGAAGAUCUGAGUCCAUUUAUUCCUUAUUUUACAAUUGUGUGAUUCUGACAGUCUGUGUAAUUUAUGCAUCUAUGGAAUUGAAAUUCUGAGGUCAUUUAUUCCUUAUUUUACAAUCAUAUCAAUCUGACAUUCCAUGUAAUUUAUGGGUCACCUUUGACAAGGAUGGCACAGUUUUAAGAAUAAUCAAAUGUGAUGCUGAUAAUUUUCCACAGGGAUGACAAAGCAGUCCUACAUAGAAGCAGUCUUAAAGGCUAUAGAGGAAGCUAAAAGGACAGCCCCCAACAUAACAGUGAGGUAGUAUGCAGUGCAGAAGGUAUUCCUUUGGAAUUAUUCUUAGGAGUGUGCUGCCCAGUUCUCCAGACCCAGCCCUUAUUUCAAACCAAAAUGUUCCACUUCCACAUCAGUUUCAAAGACUCAAAACAUCCAUCAUGUUAAAGGCUUACACAUCUAUAAUUUGGCAUAAUGAUGAUUGACUUCAAAAAUUUCCACACUAAAAUUGAAAAUUAUAAUUGAAAGGACCAAUUUUUAUGGUUAGUUAUUAGACUGAUUAAGAAAAAUUAUGUAUUUCUUGAUCUCCAUUUCAAAAAUUGAAAAUGAAAAUUAAUUUUUUAGUUAUUAGACUGAUUAAAAAAAAUUUUUAUCUUGGUCUCUGCUCUAUGAAGUGCUACAGUUGUGCAAUCAUCAAAAGCAAAAUUGUCUUGUAACUUAAAAAUUGCUUCAUAGCUUAAUCCUCUCUUAAAUAUUGAGAGAAACAACAGCUGGUAUAAAUUCCCAUGUGAAGCCAUAGAUGCCUCAAUGUUUAUUUGUUUUUAAUUAAGAUUUAUACCUGCAAUAAAUCGGAAGCUCGGCCCAGAUGAUGCCAUGGAUACUGUGCACUUGGCCAUACAGUACAAGGAAAAAGCCAAAGGGAUUAUUGUGGGUCUUGACUUAAGUGGAGAUCCAAAGGUAAGUAUAAAAACAACAGUAAUGCUGAUGGAUGAAAAAAGCAUAUCGAUCUGUAAUUUUCUUUUGCAGCAACAAUACUGCAGCUAAAACUUAGUUGUAUUGAGUUCAAAAUCAAGCAAGUCACAUGAUCAGGAAGUCUCUGUGCCCAGUACAUAAUUAAUACAUAUUUUUGCAUGUGUCAACAUGUGCCCCAUUGAAUACUAUCUUACAGUAUGUUCUACUUUUUUGUGCACAGUUAUGCCUGGUUAUCAAAAAUAGAAAAGAUACAGAAAAUCUUGGAAAUUGAGUUUAAGAGUUACUGUAUCAUGUGCUGUUUCAAUUUCUCAUGCAGGACGUCUCAUUUUCAGGCACAUGAUUCAAACAAUUUUGUACCUGCCCUGAAACUGGCCAGAGAAAAUGGCUUGAAACUUGCCUUGCACAUUGCAGAGGUAAGUUUAAAUGAGUUGUUUGAAUAAGUAAUGAAGUAUUAUUUUUUUGUCUUUCAAGUAAGUCACUUGCAAUGUGGAUUGCAACAUUUCUACUGUUUGGUCACAAAAACUCAUGCCAUCUUCUCUACCAAUCAAAUUCAAAACUAAUGCAAUCUCUCAUUUUCAAUCAAUAUUUUUAGCACUUCAGGCUGCCUGCUUGUUUUGACCUCAAACAGAAAAACAAACAAAUGUACAGAGUUGCUAAGUAACUAAUAUUUUCGAGAUGAUUUCAGCUUUCAAAAUACUCAAACAAAAAAAAUCCUUUGCUCUCCACCCGAUGAUGACUCAUCUGGUGUAGAUUGCUGUUCAACAUACAAAAAACUUUGCAAAGUAGACAGUGAUCUCACCAAUAUCUGUAAUUACUAGGUUCCUGACUUGGAUGAAUCAAGAGUGUUGCUAAACUUAAUCCCAGACAGAAUAGGACAUGGAACCUGUAUUCAUCCUGAAAAUGGUGGAUCAGAAGAUUUUGUGAACAUAGUAGAGGAAAACUCUAUUCCUAUUGGUGAGUCUGGAACUUGAACAAUGUUCACCAUCCAAUGAAUGCUAUCUCAUAUCAUAAGGGUAGCUUCUGGACAUUUGUCCAUACCAGAUAGGGUGCAUAUAGAAAAUAUAUGAAAAAUAAAUUGAGGUUUCUUUGACAAAUGAACAGUACAUUUUGAUAGGUAAACCCAGGAGAUAUCUUUUUCUAGAUUAUUAUAGCCACCAAGAGAGGAAUGGUCUUUGAGAAAAUUAUUAUACACUGGAGGAACCACCUGUUGCAUUUGGUGCUGGAUGUAUCAUUUAUAUUGUGUCACAUAUUUUAAGCAUAUCCCUGGAUUCCUCAAGACAUUUAAGUCAGGACUUGGGUCCACUGUGCUUCCUAAGGAAAAAAUAUUCUUCCUAUGCAUCCACACAUAAACACAUUUAUUCCAGUUUUUAUAACUGAAUAUGAUCCAUUGAAACAACCAUUGGGAAACAUAAUUCUAUAUGUGCAGAGCCUUGACAGAAAACUCAAGUUACUUCAUUUGUUUCACAACAGAACUUUGUCUCACAUCCAAUGUGAAGACCAAGACUGUUCUAUCAUAUUCUGAACAUCACAUGGGCUAUUGGUACAGCAAACAGCAUCCUUGUAUUGUUUGUGUAAGUAUUCAUAUUCAACAUUAUCACUUGUUUGUUUUGCACAUUCCUAGACAAACCAGCUAAUUAAGUUUCUGUUCUAAUACGGAGGUUGAUAAUCUUGAACCUGUUUUAAAAAACAUGUAGCUGACUACUGAUGCCCCUCUCUUCCUUUGCAAUGUUGAUUUGAAUACUGGAAACAUUCAGAAAAUAUGUAGUCAGUUUCAACAUUGCUUGGGGGAGGGGUUCUUAUUAAACUUCCUUCCAAAAAUAAUUUUUACAGAACAUAUUAUAAAGCGCAUUUUAUAUCCAAACUGUUUUGUGCUUUAGCAUAAGGGUGUGCCCCACAAACUGUAGGCCAGGAUUUUUGAUUAGCUGGGUCAUUUUUGAAAAAAAAAAAAAACUGGAACUAUUUGGCAUCACUCUGUCACUGUCUCUCAAUCAUAUUGCGAGACAGUCACAACCUUCAUUUCAAAAUAAGCACACUUAUUUUUGAAAGUGAUGUGAGAAAUUAGAGAAUUGUUUAAAUAUCUCUCUACCAUAUAAUCUUUUUGACACUGAAUUGAAGACUGCAUGUGACGGAUCUGGAUGACUUUCUUUCUUACUGUUUUGUUCCAUUAUGUAUUUUUUUUAUAUUUUGAUGUUGUUUUAUUUUGUGUGACAGACUGAUGAUAAGGGUGUGUUUUCUACAACAUUAUCAGAAGAAUACUCUCUGAUGGCCAGGACAUUCAACCUCACAGAAGAACAAGUGUGGAACUUGACAUUUCAAAGUAUUGAUUAUAUUUUUGGAGGAGAGAAUUUAAAAGAUGACCUUAAAGAGUUGUGGAAAACUGAGAAAGAAAAGAUUAUUUCUUCACUUCAUUAACAAUUUGAUCUGAACCUAUGUAUUACCAC